AUGUCGCCACUUCUCACGUCUCGGCUAUGUGAGGUCUCUGCUUUCCAUGACUUCAAAAUUGGCCAGGCAAUUUCACCUUUCGUCACCGGUCAUGAUGGCCCAACCAUGAUCAAGGGAAGACUCUGGUCACUCCCGACGGGAGUCUACACAGCUCGUCAAGUUGUCGAGAGCUGCGCACCCCUGCUCGAGACCGUGCUGCAUAAUCUCGGUCCUGAUCCUGAGGGCCAGCCGACCGCUCGUCACAUGCUUAUAGACAAUCUCGCCUCUAACUUGGCUCUUGGGACUCGCGAAUCGAGUCUGGUGAUCCCUCUCAAGGAUGCCAGUCGUAAGGAGUUUGCAGCUCAGGCCGUCAAGAUUGGUGAAGCCCUCGUCUCCGUUGCUCGUGAGACAGAGAACGUCUCAUUCGAUCCAAAGUACGCUAUUCGCAGCCCGUGCGAAGGACAUCUCCUCAAACCCGAGGUCGCUUACCUCAUGUUCGGACCUCGGAGCUUGGCCCAUCUUAUGCAGAUCCACAACGAAUAUCCUCAUCAGAUGAUCUUGCUGCGUGAUGCACUCUUGCCCUUCGAGAACUUCGACGACGUUGUAAUACCUAUCCAAGCUGACACUGCCAAAGGGCGACUGGGGAUGAGAUUUACCGAAACGUCAAGAAUGGUCUUCAUCGCCGAGCUCAUGACCAAGCAGACGACUCAAGCUUCAGUUGUGAACUUUGCACAGUCUGUCUUGUGCACGGAAAAUAGCUACGAGUUCCAGUACAGAUAUGGACUGAUCCUUCCUGCACCUGUCGUUGAAAGCUCGUCAGAGGCCACAUUCGAGUACAAGUUCAAGGAUUACUACUCUGCGCCUCCCUUUGAAGUCGCAGCGGCCGAGCAAACUCUCGACAAAGGUCAAGUUCCUGUAUCCAUCAUCGACGACCAGGAACAUGGACUCGAGCGUUACUCCUUGUCGUUGGUUCCUGGCUCGCAUGAUUCUUCUCACCAGCUGCGUUUGCUUCUGGAAUACAAGGACGGACAUACCUCGGCGACGGAUGUCGGUCAGAUGUCGCGUGGUCAUCGCUUCUCCUACCAAGUCUCUGCCAUGAUGAACGAGGCCGCAGUGAUGUCUUUCGGUUCCCCGGCCUACGUACACACCGCAAAGGAGGUGCUUACCAAGUGUGGAGGAGACGACCUUGUCACGGCCCCAGACGGCGGCAUCCAUCUGAUUCAGGCCACGAGUCAGGCCGAGAUACUUGCUUUGCUGGGUACAAUAUAUCCGACAACAUCAUUGUACUCAAAGCAGGUGCUUCCUUGA